AUGGCAACUCAAUUGAGCAAAAAACGAAAGUUUGUAGCAGAUGAAGGGAAGGAGAAUAAGGGAGCUGACAUCUCUUGUUCAGAAAAGAUUCAGUUUCCUGAAAACAGUGUUGAGCUUUAUGCUGAAAGAGUCAACAACAGAGGUCUCUGUGCCAUUGCUCAGGCUGAAUCUUUGCGUUACAAGCUUCUUGGAGGCCUUGCUGUUCGCAGGGCUUGCUAUGGUGUUCUAAGAUUUGUAAUGGAGAAUGGAGCAAAAGGGUGUGAAGUGAUUGUCAGUGGAAAGCUAAGGGCUCAACGUGCCAAAUCCAUGAAGUUCAAGGACGGGUACAUGGUGUCAUCCGGUCAACCGGUCAAGGAGUACAUUGACUCUGCUGUAAGACACGUGCUUCUUAGACAGGGUGUUCUUGGGAUUAAGGUAAAGAUCAUGCUUGACUGGGAUCCUACAGGGAAGCUUGGGCCCAAAACUCCAUUGCCUGAUAAUGUUAUAAUUCAUAUGCCAAAAGAUGAUGUAAUUGUUCAUCCACCAAAAGAGGUUGAGGAAUACAGGCCACCACUUGUUGCUGAUGAGCCAUUGCCCAUGCCCAUUCCUGUACCUGUCUAAAAACCAAGUCAUUAACAUGAUUAGAAAUCUAUUUGAUUCCAAGACUUUAAGUUAUAGAAGAUAAUUUGUUUUUGUCCUUUGAGUUUUGCUUUGAUGAAAGACCUUUUUUGCACUUAUGUUCCCUUGAUGUAAGUUAUUUCUACAGAUAGUCUCGUUUGAAUUUUCUUCAUUUGGAUUGCUAUAUUCUAAUGUAGGCUGGAUUUUGUAUGACUUUUUGUGCCAUGUUUAAUGGCAUAUAUUUAGUUCAUCUUA